CUGGUGCAAAACCUGAAACCCAGGUAGAUACAUUUCCAAGAGGGGAACCCCCCCUCCGGGCCCAACCAGAUUUUGGUAAAAUAUGCCAGGUCGGUGCCCUCCUCCAAGGUAAGGUCAUAGAUGAGGGCAGCCUUGUUACACACCAACUUGGCAUUCAAAAGCAGCAGCUGAAGUCCAAGGCCACCAAGGAUCCAGUUGCCUGGCACAGAGGGUAGAAGCUGAGAGCUGGAGAGCGGGACUGCUUUCAAAUAGCAGACCUGGUGUCCCCAAGUGCAACCUGCCCUCAGAUUCCCACCAUAUUUCCCUCUGUCCAUCACUGUCGAGAUGGUCCAGCCUGCCCCCUCAGCACCCUCUAGUCCACUCCCACCCCUCACAUCCUCUUCCCAGGCCCAAGGACACACAAUCAAUCUCACCCAACCACCACACACAAAAUUAAACCCAAAGCCCUGGCAGCCCACCCCACCCACUCCACAGGGAACUCAACCACCCCUGACUGCAGCUGGAGGCACUUGGCAGCCUCCAAGGGAACAAACCCCAGUGGGGGAAGAAAAAAAGAAGAAAAAUAUAUAAUUAGAUGUAUCUCAAGCAUUCUGGGGAAAGAUUAGUACACUUUUGGAUAUUCUGUCAGCACGUGUCAGACUACAGUUGACAUUCAUUUUGAAAUGAUAGCAUAGUUUUAUGGCUUCAUCACAAACAGCAUGUUUUAGGUUGCUGAUAUGCCCUAUGUCAAGAUUGGCUUUUGGCAAAUUCCAAAUAGUUCAGCCUAUAUAAAUAUAUCUUACAACUUGAUUUCUCUAUUCCUGCCCCUGGUCAUCUAGGUUUUGUGCAAUUCAGCAAGCCCAAAUUGAUUAGGUUUAAUUGUCAGGAUGCUAAUUCUUAUUUUUUUUUUCCAAACUAGUACUUGCUUCUUGAUGGGUCCUAUUAAACAGCUGAAAAAGAUGUUUGAACCAACAAGAUUAAUUGUGACAAUUGUUAUGCUGCUUUCUUUGAUCCUCACCCUAUGUGCUGUAUUCUGGUGGCAUAAGAAAGGGUUAGCCCUGCUCUUCUGCAUUUUGCAGUUUCUAGCGAUGACCUGGUACAGUCUGUCGUAUAUCCCAUAUGCAAGGGAUGCUGUAUUGAAAUGCUUCACAUCCUGCCUAAGUUAAAGAGAAGAACUUUUUCCAGUGCUUGGAAAUCUACUUCAUCUCCUAGGUUUACUCCAAGUGGUUCAGGUCCUGAAACAGUGACAUCCUUCUUCACAAUGGGGAUUAAAUUGUAUUAGCAGAAGAGCCUUUAAAAAAAAAAAAAUACAAAACCACGGUAUCUAUACCAUCACAAGACCCUUAAAUCCAUGCUUGUUCUAAAAGAUUUUUUUUACUCACACAAUGGUCUUAAAAUUACUUGAUCAGAGUCUGCUAACAUGAUUUAAUCUCAAAAUUAUAUGGUCUUUGAGUUUCAGGUAAAAUGCAUGUAAAUACUUCUGCCUCAUUUUUUUAUAUUUAUCUUUCCAAUUUGUGUAUUAUUUGUUUUGUUUCCCAAAGUCUUUUUAAAUUGUAAAAUGAAGAAUUACACUAUGUUAUAGCUACUGGGCUUCUUCAGAAAUGAUUAGCAGUGGAUAGCAUGGAGAAAUUGAGAAUAUAUAAGAAAUGUGUUAUCCAAAUUCAGGAACUCUCCUCUGUUAUGCCUUUAUUUUAAAUGCCAACUUUUUAUACUGUGAUACUUAAAAUACACUUAACUAAAAGUAUUUGAGUAAUAUAUUAAAUCAAUUAUUACAAAAUAAAUAUUUAAAAUUAUGCAGUGUAA